ACAAAAACGAACCCCGGGUGUACUUCUUGACGUCUUUCUUUGUGUUCUCAUUUUUUCUCUCUCCAAGAAAAUGCCUACACUUUCUUUCUCGCCAAACAAACAAAAAGCCAAUAAAAACGCCUCUAUUUCCCAUGUUCGUCGAUUGAAGAGCGAAAAUUUACGGAGGCAAGCACAUAUUUUUCUCAUGGAUUCUCGCGUUUUCUUCGCACUUUCUCUCUGUCUCCUCUCCUUCUUCCCUGAUCUCGCCCAUUCUUCUGCUCAUCGGUGGUUCGGAGACAAGAACACAGAAGGAUCGGUGAUUAGAUUGAAGUCUGAUGUUUAUGCUUCUCCGUUAGAUCCAAGUCGGGUCACCCAAAUCUCUUGGCGUCCCAGGGCUUUCCUUUAUAAGGGUUUUUUGACUCAUGAAGAGUGUGAUCAUCUUGUUCAACUGGCCAAAGAUAAGCUAGAGAAGUCCAUGGUGGCUGACAAUGAAUCGGGCAAGAGUGUAGAGAGCGAAGUUCGUACUAGCUCUGGCAUGUUUCUUAACAAGGCCCAGGAUGAAGUAGUUGCUGGUAUCGAGGCUAAGAUUGCUGCUUGGACCUUCCUCCCUCCAGAAAAUGGGGAGGCCAUGCAAAUUCUGCAUUAUGAGCAUGGUCAGAAGUACGAACCCCACUUUGACUAUUUUCAUGACAAGGCCAAUCAAGAAUUGGGUGGGCACCGGGUAGCCACUGUACUUAUGUAUUUGUCUGAUGUUAAUAACGGUGGUGAAACAAUCUUCCCUGAUUCAGAGGGUAAAGAUACUCAACUAAAGGAAGAUAACUGGUCUGACUGUGCUAAAAAUGGCUAUGCGGUGAAACCUCACAAGGGGGAUGCUUUGUUGUUCUUUAGUCUUCAUCUUGAUGCAACUACUGACCCAUUGAGCUUGCAUGGGAGCUGCCCUGUCAUCGAAGGUGAAAAGUGGUCUGCAACCAAAUGGAUUCACGUGAGGUCUUUCGAGAGAAUAGUAAAGCAUGCAAAUGGAAACUGUGUCGAUGAGAAUGAGAACUGUGCUCAAUGGGCUGCCGCUGGAGAAUGUAAAAAGAAUCCAAUCUAUAUGGUGGGGUCCGAUGAUGGGCCCGGAGCUUGUAGGAAAAGCUGCAAGGUGUGCUCAUAGUAGGUGUCAUCCUUUUUGGCCACAUUCAUGUUGAUUUUGUAUUACUAAAUGAGUUGUCUAGGUUGUUGUAUAUAAUAGCAUUGAACUGUUCUUCCAAACCCAAUUAAAGAAGAGUUAAAAAGUUGUAUCGGAGAGUGGAGGCAUUGAUAAAUUUAUGCUAGUCUGAACUUUUGUACUCGCUGAUAUUUUUCACCGUUCAUUGAUCAGAUAGUGAAGCAUGAUGCUGUCGCCUGAUAAUGGAAUUUGAAAUAGUUUUGUGAAUGAUUGGAAUUUAAAGUUUUAAGACUUGAAUCAAA